GAAAACCUACACCGUCCACGUGGCGACUAUUGCAGCCCUCAGUGAUACGAUUUAACGGAAAGAUCACUCCGUCAUCUUUCUUCCACCACCACCGUCUUUCUAAACAAAUUACACAUGGCGAGUCUCUGCAUCUCAUCGUCCAGGAUCGUCUCCCUCCACCACCAGAAACCGUUUCUCUCUCUUAAACUCCGGCCUUGUUCGUCAGGUUUCUCCGUUCCAACUCACCGCACGACUGCCGUUUGCUUCAAUCCGCUAAGAGUACCGUUAGACCGCCAGCGAACCGCCGCUGCUGUGUCUAGGAAAGCUGAGAAGCAGCGAAAGAGAGGAUCGAGUGUGGUCUGUUAUGCUGCUCCUCCGAUGUCUCUUCAUAAUCUACAAUGGGUCUCAGCAAUCUCUUGCGUUGCAUUGAUGGUUGCAAGGGGUACAGGGAUCCACAAGUCCUUUGUUGUUCCGCUACUUGCUCUAACUGCACCAUCAGGCAUUAUCUCCUGGGCAAAGGGUGAAUAUGGCAUCUGGACAGCAUUCAUAGCACUUCUUGCUCGACUGUUCUUCGCUUUUCCAGGUGAACUUGAACUGCCAUUCAUUGCAUUACUCUUGGCGAUUGUGGCGCCAUAUCAAGUUAUGAGCAUAAGAGGGAAGCAAGAAGGGGCUCUCAUUUCUUUGGCAAUAUCUUGUUUUCUGGCGUUUCAGCAUUUCUCACGAGCAGGCAGCUUGCAGAAAGCGUUUGAUCAGGGCUCAGUUGUCGCCACUUUAGGCAUCAUUGGUGUCACAGUUGUAUCUGUCCUUUUCUUGAUAUAAUAACAAUACCUCAUCUGUAAAUCUCUGUAACGAUGUCUAUGAAGAGACGAGAAAUAAUGGGCUGUAUUUAUUUACUUAAUGUUACUCAACUCAAUGUGCUUCUGUUUAUCCACUGUGUAUGAGAUGCUUAUAUUUAGCACUGUUAACUGGUAA